AUGUGCGCGCGGCGGUUUGAAGGCGCGCGGGACAAGAUGGCGGCGCCGCCUCAGGCCGGUCCCGCAGCGCUCCCGAGGCCGCGCCCGGCGCUCUCGCGGCUGCCGGUGGCCCGGGGCCAGGAGAAGCGGGCCCCGUCCGAGGGGCCGCCCGCCGCGCCUCCCCAGCAGAAACGAUCGCGGACCGGGCUCGGGCCCGGAGCUGCCAAGGCCGCGCCCAAGGCCCCGCUCAGGGCCCCGCUGCGAACGCUGGGCCCCGCCGCGGCCGCGGGGAAGAACGAUGGCCCUCGCAAGGCGGCGUCAGUGGCAGCUGCUCCUCGAGCAGGAAACCGCCCGAGCUGGGAGGACCUGCCCCAAGGAGCCCAUGCCUGA